AUGGCGGAUGCCAUGUGCGCUGGGGCCGGGGAGAGAGAGUGCACCCUCGCAGGGAGUGGAGCAACAAACUGGGUCUCUGGACAAGAGCCCAAGGGGCCAGAAGAACUCAAGCUCCUUACACUAGACACCGCAACCCCACAAGCGACUACUUACCAGCCCACUACACGGAACUCGCCACAGGCGAACAGCGGAGGAGGCCGAGCCCAAGCCAUAAGGGCAGCGGAACCAGCUCACACUGCACCCGACCUUCCACCGCCAGAGACUGCCAACCUCGCAACAGACCAAGGAACUCCCACAGCAAGGCCGACAACAUUCAUCGGCGGCCAUAACAGCGGUCUCAUCCAGCAGCCAACUGUAUCACACAGUACCCAAACAUCCGUCCUGACAGGCGCUCACCUCGGGAAGUCCAGAAGAGGUACCCAAGGCCAGCCGGAAAAGCAGCCCAAAAGAUACCAACGAGCAACACAGCAACACUCCCGGAGGGGCGCUGCUCGAACCCCCGCAUUAGAGAACACUCGUUCCCGGCCGCACGGACCCGCCGAGCCGAAAAGCCCUGGAACGCAAACCAACCUAAGAACUUUAUUCCAGCCAGGCACCUAAAAAGAAUGAAAACACUGACCCAGCCUGGGCUACUGAGCCUCCCAAGCCAUCCCAAAACCUGGGAAUGCAUCCUGCCCAUGACAGGCACAGGCUGACUGCACAGAAGGUUGCCGGACCAACAAUCACACCACCCACAGUCAGGAGAAAUCGCCCCUCUACAUCUAACUGAAUGCUAAGAUGGACAUUUCUGUUGAACGUCUGGUAUGCCUGCUGACUGCACCAUUGUUCCAAAUAAUUUCACACUGCACUAGCUACUAAAGCACCUCGGGGUGGCAUACCUCGCUUGUAUAGUACUCUUAAGAUAUAAGCAUACAGUUUAAUAUUAUUUCUUUCCCUUUAUAUUUUCUUUACCUCAAUAAGCUUCAUAUGCAUGAAACCUGAAACACUAGCCUGAAUUCCAUAGCAUAAUGCUGCCUCUGCUGGCUCAGUAAUUUGUGAACCACUUCACUAUGUUUUAAGAUAUACAUGUCGCACUACACACAAGCUACAGAUGUAUAAUCUUAAAGCGCGACUAGCAUUGUUAAAAGCAUGUUAUCUUAAAUAAGCGUAGUCCACUAGUCUGUUAACUUCAUAUCAUAUAAAAAUGUGCCGACUACACUGCCACAUUGUGAAUGCCAUAAAAAUGCUGUAAAAUUGUGCAUGUGUUCUCAGACACCCCAAAAGUAAAACAUGAUAAAAAUAGCUAGACGAUGACACAGCAUAAUAAUCUACUAUCUAGAAAGUAAAAAGCGAUGUUAUUUUAUGCUAUUUUUUUUGAAACUAUCUAAGCAACGUAAAUCUAUCCUGUCUAUCUCCUUAUCACAAAAAAAAAAAAAAAAGUGCAAGAUCUACUGUCUACCCCUAUGUUUAAACUGUUCAUAAUGCGCUAGAGGAAUGCCUUUGGGGUACCUCAUAAGCAACUGUUAUAAUCGUACGCACUACAAAAAUAAAGAAAAAAAAAAAGAAAAGUUUGACCGUCAUAGAUCAUCACAAACUAAAAUUACUUGUAUCAUUCUCAUGCAAACAAUAUGUAAUCCUGGAUACACACACACACACACACACACAUAUAUAUAUAUAUAUAUAUAUAUAUAUAUAUAUAAUUCACUCAAAAGUUCCACCUCAAGUUACUUACUCUCUCAGUAGCCACUGUCUGGAGUGUUCGCUCCGCUCGCUCCCUCAGUCCCUCUGCAGUUUGCUCAGUCUGCUCUCAGUCAGCUCUGCUUGCUUCCUAGUCCCUCUGCAAUCUCCAGGCAGAGUAAGGUGUGGCUGCACAAUCCACUCGCUUCUACCCCCUUCCAUCCAUGUCUGUUUCCCUCCAUGUCUCUCUCCCACCUUCCAUUCAUGUCUCUACCCCAUGUUUCCUCCCUACCUAUUCCAUCCAUGUAUCUCUCCCCAUAUCUCCCUCCCUACCUAUUCCAUCUAUGUAUCUCUCCCCAUCUAUAUCUCCCUCCCCUCCCCUUCCAUUCAUAUCUCUCCCCCCUUCUAUUCAUAUCUCCCCCCUUCUAAUCAUAUCUCCCUCCCCUCCCCUUCCAUUCAUAUGUCUCUCCCCCUUCUAUUCAUAUCUCCCCCCCUUCUAAUCAUAUCUUCCUCUCCUCCCCUUCUAUUCAUAUCUCCCUCUCCCCCCUUCUAUUCAUAUCUCCUUCUCCCCCUUCUAUUCAUAUCUCCCCCCUCAUGUCUCCCUUCCUACCCCUUCCAUUCAUACUCCCUCUCUCCUUCCCUAUUUUCAGGCAGCUGUUCCCUCACAGAGCCAGAACCCAAGGUGAUGAUAGUGCGGCUCUGCUCUGCUUUAUAGCUAGAUGCCCCCCCUUCCAUUUUACUGGACAUAGCAAGGAAGGGGGGCCUCUCACUCUCCGGCGGUGCACUGACAGACUGAGCGCCGGGUAGUCACGUGACAACCGCUGCUCCUACACAGAGCAGGAGGGAGAGGCGCUCCCCUUCCUAGUGUACAGUGGCAGCGUGCAACUCCAUAAGGGAACCGCAUGCAGCCUUGGAAGUUCAGAGAGCGCAGGUCGAGGUGGGCGAUAAAAUCACUUGUCAGUCUGACAAGGGAUUUUUGCGCCCCCUUGCCAGGCACCUCUGAUUGGAUGGGCCGCAAACAAAUUCAUUGUGGGCCGCGAGUAUGACAUGCAUGCAAUACACUGUAUUGAGGUUAUGUUGCCUAGAGUGCCCUAGAAUUGUCUCCCGGGUUCAUGUCAAAAUAUUUCAGAAUGUUGGUGAAACUAAUGUAAAGAGGGACCUGGUGCAAGCAUUUUUUGGGGGCUCUGGAUAUACACAUAUAGACACCUGACAUGCACACUGACAGACACACACAUUGACGCACACAAAGAUAAACAAACACCAAAACACACACAUAGGUCAUAAUUUAUAUAUUUGUAGCCUCCUGUUUCCAUACCUUUUGAGUGCAGGAGGGUGGCUUCCCUGGGUCCAGUGGGAUGUUACUACAGCAGGAGCAGGCUGAGGCUGAUGGGAGCCUGAGGCUGGCUCUCCAAGCAGUCCGUCUGCUCUACCCACUCCUCUUUCUGCUUCCACUCUCAUUUUUCUCUUACUCUACAGCUCUAGGUGGCUCUAACGCUUGUGGACCCAGGUAAGGCUGCAACAGUUGCACCACUGUUUGAUCAGCUGCUUCGUACCAGGACAGACCUGACAGAAUACAUAACGCUAUAGCGUUAUGGUGCAAUUUUAUCCUGGGGACAUGUUAGCCAAUCGCUUUCCCAAAAUUCGUAUUGUCUUGGUUGGACAAAAUGAACAUUGAUAAUCCGUAAGUGUUAAUUCUGCCAUAUCAAUGUGGCAAAGAUGAGCAUGGCCAUGGAACCCCAGUUCAUACCAAACUAUUUCUAGAAGUAGUAGUUAUGUUGUUUAGCAUACCUCUUAUAUAACAAUAUUUUAUACAAUCUUUUUUUCUUGUAUUUUUCAGUUCAGCUGUUAAAAUAGUUGUGGUCUGCAACUUCUGAUUUUAGUAGGCCUUAUUCAUUAAGCAUCCAAAAGUAACUAUGGUCAAAAAGCAAAAACAAAAAUACAAAAAAACAAAAAACAAGUUCUUCCACCAGUCAUGUACAACCACAGCUUAUUUACACCUUAUUAUUGCUAUUUGCCCACGUAGUUACAUAGUUAAAAAGUGACACUAUUCCUAGUCGAGACAGACAACCUGGUAAGGGAGACCUGUGAUCAAUGAUAAGGACUGCAGGUAGUAAAUUGUCCAAUUGUAGUAAAACCUUUCCCCAGAAAAAAAAAUCUCAUGUGAUAUAAUUCAUUUUCAAAUUAUUGCUACAUAAACAUGGUUUACAUGUACUGAAAGGGAUGAUUAAACUUUACAUGUAAGGAGGGACUUGAAUUUUGCCUGCAUACACCCAGUGAGGAUGCAAGAGAUGGAGAAUAGAACUUUCAAAAAUUAGGGUUCCAAAAAUUCCUCUGGACCACUAAGUAGAUCAAAGAACUUGGCAGCUUUUUAUGGUGUAGAACAAUUGAUGUAUUAACAUAACUUACAUCAGAACAUACACCAUUCUCACCUACAAGUAUAACUCCUUCCAAUUUACAAAACAGUUUGGUAUAUGACAAACUGUAUGACUGACAUACAAAACUAUUGUAACAACUACAAUAUUUUCAUCAGAAUAUUUUCGACCAACUACAAUCAGAGACAAAGAGGUAUAGACAAAUGGGUGAGAAUGCUAAGUAACAAACCAGUGAGGGAUGGCUACAAUAUGUCCAUGGGCCAAACACACACAGGAAGCACAAUUUGAGGCCAAUCCACCAUAUUGAUACAUCAUACUCCACUCCCUGUCUUAAUUAUGUAAAAUAAUUUAGUUAGUUAAAUAAUCUAUUUAGCAUUGAGCUGUGAGGCAGCAGCCAACAAACCUCUAUAUACUAGUGAUACAGGUGGGUGGCAGAGGGGAGAGGGGUGGGUGGGGGGGAGAGGGGGGUCUCGGGAAAAGGCUCCCUUGCCAUCUCUCCCCUGUAACAGAAUUUGUAGCCUGUAUGACCCUAGCUUAUAGUAUAAUAAUUACUUUGAAGGGACUGGGGAAGUGGGGAACAAUCUUUAUAGAUUUUGACAUCAAGAAGGAUAAUAACCAGAAUCCUCAAAAUGGCCAAAUGGGCCAAAAAAUCUAACAAGGGCAAAAGGAUAAUUUAAAAAAAUCAACCUGUAUUACACAAUAGACCAGGCUGAGUAAACCAGUAAAUCAGCAUCCUAAAGUUAAAAAAAUGUAUCACUCAAUCACAACUAAGGAAAUACUGUUAUUAGAUAGAAUUAGCAAGGAACUAUUUAAAAAAUAAAUAAAUGGCAUGUUGAUAAAUCUCCCCCAUGUGUUGUUUAUUAAAAUCAUUUAUAACCAAGGGAUUUCUUUUUUUUUUACGCUGUCUUUAAAAAGAGCCUUGCUAUCUAUCUAUCUAUCUAUCUAUCUUUCUAUCUAUCCUAGUUAAUCUAGCUAUCUAGAAUCCGCAGUAUCUUUUCUUAAUAUAAUAUGCUAUGUAUUAUUUAGUUUUCUUGAGAAAAUAUUGUACUUAUUUGAAAAUCAAUGAUCUUUAUUUAAGCACACAUUAUAAAAAAUAAUGAAAAAAGUAGACAGGAAUGGAUGGCGAGUACUUAAAUAUGUAUUAUAUUUAUGGAUGUGUUUUUAUAUCCAGUGUAAUGUUAUUUUUGCCGUGCAGCUAUUCUUUGUAUAAUUUAUUUACACCAAUCUCUUCUCCUAUACAGCACUAGAGAUCUCGUUUUCAGAUUUUCAUACCCAGAUCAAUAAUGCUGCACACAGAACAAAUGAAAUUAGUGAUAGACGUCUUAUCAUCAGACGUGGUCAACCAUUCUCUCUCAGUCUACAUUUCAAAACACGUGGAUUCCAAAAAGGAGACAACCUGAUCUUCAUUGUAGAAACAGGCAAGUGGCGGCAACUGUUCUUUAUGGAAUGUAGUGUCACCAUUAAUUCAAGAACAAAAGGCGGCAAUUACGACGCAUUAGUCAGGUUUAUUAAAGUAUUGUUUUCAUAAACGUUCUUCUGAUCCACCCUAAUUUACACACUGUAAAUACUGUCUCUCACAUAUAUAAACUACACAAAAUAAGCUACACCGCAAAAAAAACUAAACAAAAAAACAACAACAAAACCCUAACACAUGGUGAUUUGUGAUGGAGAAACAUCUUCAACUUACAAACAAUGUCAUGAUAAUAUUAGCAUCUUGUAUAUAAUAGUAUGUUGAUAAUAAUCAGUCCUGUGAAAUAUUUUGAACCAUAAAGGACCACUAAAUGAACCCAGACCACUUCAACUGAAUUCGGUACCUCGGUGUAGUGGUACUUUAGUCUUAACCCUACAAUGUAAAGCAUUGCCACUCAGUAGAAACGGCAGUACUUACAUUGCAGGGUUAUAUGUGUCUCCAGUGGUGGUCUUUCUGAUGGUCACUAGAAAUGCAUCCGCUGUGAGAACCCAGUUAAAUUCGGUUCUCACAGCUAACCUCCAUUUCAUUGGAGGAUCUCAGCACUGACUGCACAUGAACUUUUUGUCCCCAAUGCUCAUGUAUGAGGACCAUUGGAUUGGACAAAAGAGACAGGUUAGCAUGAUAUCAUGGGGGGUGGAGGUGGGCUGAAAACCUGAAAACUGCAUAUUUUCAUUGCAGUGUUAAGAUUGCCUCAAGAACAUCCAGCAUUUUGCAAAACUCCAUAGAUAAACAUAGAUUCAAUGCUAUCCUAGGGGUAAGGACUAAUAUGCAUGGAGCACAUGCGUAUUAGGUUCCCCGAUGCAAUGAUGUCAGAGAAGGUGGAAAUGGAACCAGUGGUGGUGGAUAUUAGAGGAGGGAGACGUUAGACGUGUUCAGAUGGUAAACACAAGGGUGGGCCAAGAAAGCAAACAUCAACUGACUGUUGGUAAUAUUAGGUUCCCCAUUGUAAUGAUGUCAGAGAAUGAUGUUAGAGCAUUUCAAUCAUAUCAAUAAUGGCUGAUGUUUUUGACAACAAGCAUGACGAUUCAUAGAAAAGAGGUAAUAUAAUGCAGCUCUUACCAAUUUUACUAUGGAGAAGUAAAAUAGCAAAAGAAGUCAGAUAUGGAGAAAAUGCAUGUCUCAUGUAGAGUAAAGCAUGCCCAUUGAAGGAUUGUGUUCAUUGGCAGGGAACACUCAGCUCAUGCUAUCAGUUAAUGGGUGUAAUCUUUCACGGCCCUGCUUUACUCUCUAGAGCAGGGGUGCCCAGAAGAUAGAUCCCCAGAUGUUUUAAAACUACAGCGUUCAUGAUGCUUUGUCAUUAUAAGGUAUUCAAAAGGCACACACGGCAUCAUGGGAGUUGUAGUUCUACAACAUGUGGGAAUCUACCUUUUGGGCACCCGUGCUCUAGAGCUAACUGGAUUCUCCUGCAGGAAUAGACCAGAAGAGACAGAUGUGACCACGGACUCAAGGCAGGACACAGAUAAGUUAUCAAACCAAGCUAAAAUGGUAAAAUGGUAAAAUGGUCGCCAUCUUGCCAUCUUGUAGGCUGUAGUGGUUGUGGUGCUAGGAGUAUUUCUUUAACUGUUUUGCAUUUUGCUUCAGACUGCGCCAUGAUAAUGUUAGCAUUUCAAGUCCAAAGUUUUACCGCCCAUGAAAAACAAGAGUCCUACAUAUCGUUUACCUUCUGCUCUACAUAACUGGCCUUGAUUACUAUACUUGUGCACAGCAGAAAAUUUUUUCAGCAGACUGACCUCGGCGGCAAAUAAAAAAAUUAAAAAAUUGGGAUGGCCGUAUGGUGGGCAAAAUUUUGUUAACAGAAAAAAAGAUUCAGGAAAAGGAAUCAGACGAACCAGAAAGGUAGGAAAAUGGCCAAUUAUAUACAUUAUGUAUAUAUUUUGCAAUGCAUGUCUAGGUUAAUUUUCCAGCCAUUUGGUUUACAGAUCAAGAAGAAGUACCAACAGAGAAAAAAAGAGGAGGGACAUACAAAAAAUAUGUAUCCAUAUUUACAUAUUUAGAUAUUAUAUGUGUGUCCUAUAUAUAUAUAUUAUUUUAUUGACUGUUCCUUCUUUUCCCUGUAUGGGUUGGUUCUCAUUUGAUCUGUGACUAUAAUUAACAUUUAGGGAUUGCCCCCAGCCAUCAAUCAUCUUUUUUUUCUCCAUCAAUCAUCUCUUUUUUUUUAAAUUUGUUUUUUGGUUUGUAAUUUGGCUAUACUUCUACUCAGAGCUCAGGAAUGUAAAUGAUCAACCGAAUGGCCUAAAUUCAGAUGAAUUUCAAACUGUAUGGAAAUGUCUCCAUAUCUACUGAUUACCACGAACAUACAAAUUGUAAAGUAAUUCAAUACUUAUAUGGUGACCCAUAAGCUUGGAACUUGUAAUGUAUUCACAAGCUGCACUGAGCACGACUCAGACCCUUUAACCUACUCAUUACUGUUGUUGUGCACAACCGAAACAGAGUUUGUUACACUUUUCUAUUGUAUAGAGACUAAUGUUAAUGGUUUAAGCUGACCACCACAAAGGGGAGAAAAAAAAAAGGAGAAGAAUGUACGUACUCCUCACCAUAUUGUUUAUAAACAGCGGCCUGCGUGCCACGACAAAUGAUGUACACUUUCUCAAUAAAAACAGAUUUAUAAAAAAAACAAAAUACUUAUAUGGUGCUUUAAGAAUUUAUUUUAAAUAUUUAUUUUAUUGAAAAAAGUAAUACUUAAAAUCAAUGUGUACCAGUCCUCAAACUAUUAACUAAAAUGGAAACACUUGUCCAUUUUUUAAAAUUAGAUCUAAAACUGUCUUUUUGUUUUGUUUUUUAUUAUUCGCAGGUCCUUGGCCUGAUGAAGCAUCAGGAACCAGAGCUGCCUUCCCAUUGGCGAGGGCUGUGACUAAGAGCUGGAGUGCCGCACUGGAGGAGAAUAAGUUUGACUCAAUGGCAAUCGCUAUGUCUACCUCGCCUAAUGCUAUCAUUGGACAAUACACUAUGAAGCUUCAAAUUACCACCGGAAGUAAAUCCACAUCCUAUCAACUAGGAACUUUUACUUUGCUUUUUAACCCAUGGUGUGUAGGUAAGUUAACUUGUUUUAAUUCUUUGCAUUCCAGAACGUGGACAACAUGCUUUAUACUUUCUUAUUUGAUGAGAUGCCGUGAAUAACAAUUAGCCAAUAAGUUAUUGAAAUAUUUAGCAAAAGGGAAGUAAAGGCCAUGGAAUAAAAAAAUAAAAAAUAAUGCAUUUAUCUGAUGAUGUAUUACCUCUUCAAAAAUACUCCUCUUUUUAAGGUCUGCAAAAACAUGUACGCAAGUGUAUUUUCAUUCUUUGCAAAUAUUUUAGACUCUUCAAAUACUGUGAGAUAUAUGGGCAAACUAUGUAGUGUCUAAAGAUUAAUUCACCCAAAUUUUCUCUGAAGGAUGGAUGAAAAAAAUAUUUUACAAUCUUAAUAUAAUCUUUUUCUACGUAUCUCUGAACAGUAAUCUAAACACCAACUUGCUCUUUUUUUCUCUACAUUUAAGAGCUAGAUAUGCAUCCCAUGGUGAUUGUCAUGCUGGAUAUGUUAAAAGAAAAAGUGUUUAAAGUGAAGUGGGUUAAAGGGAUGGAUGAGAUGUUUCCUUAAUGUAUCUGUCUAUGAGGGUUUGACAUAUAACUUUCUUGCCUGAACUUGACAGAUGAUGAGGUGUACAUGGAAAAUCAAGUUGAAAGACAAGAGUAUGUCUUGAACGACUACGGGUUUGUUUACCAAGGCAAUAGUAAUUGGAUUACGCCUUGUCCUUGGAACUUUGGACAGGUAAAUAAUCUGAGUAUUGGAGCACAUGUAAAAAUAUUAACACAUACUAAUAUUAACACCACUGCUCUGGUUUUAGUUUGAAGAUGAUAUACUGGAUAUCACAUUGAAGCUUCUGGACAAGAAUCUCAAUUACCUAAAUGAUGCAUUUAAAGAUCUAUCUCACAGAAACAGUGCUGUAUACGUAAGCAGAGUAGUCUGUGCCAUGGUGAGUAUAUGGAUUCCUUGAAAGUCAUGUAAUUAAACAUCUAAACUGACAUAUAUCAGUCGAUGGAGGAUAACAAAAUGCAUCCUGGGAGUAAGAAUUGCUGAUGAUGAUGACAAUGUAACUAACAGAUAUCACAUCACACAACUUACAAAUAGGCCUCCCACCAUGGUGGCUGUGUCACACGGUGUCAGGUGGACCUGGGCAUUUCACAAAGUCAAUCUAGAUUUUAUUGGAGCUCAUCAAAAUACAUUUAGAAUGUAUCAGAUAUGGUUAAAUUAAUAAACUAGUUUGGAUUUUGGCAUGGUAGUGGAGAGGCUUUGUUUCUUCCAGUCUAUACUUUUCAUUGUGGUUUUCAUAUAACACAAGGUAGCACACAUUGGAAGAAGACAGAAUCGAACCAUCACAUUUGUAAUGCAUCACUGGAACAACAUGCAGAGAUGGAUUAAGAUCCCUUGGGUACCUAGGCAGCUUAACAAUUUGAUCCUCCUUUUCAUGCUUUUAUAUUGAUGGUUACUGGGAUCAAGAAAAUACAUGGCUGCAGUGCCUCUGUCUGACUGCUGGGUUCUAAGCAGCUGGCUUGUGUCAUCUUUUGGUUAAAUUCCUGCUCUGGUAACAAAGGUGGCAGAAGACAGUUUAGUGGGGAUAGGGAAAUAGGUUGAGUGGAACAUAGAGAGCCUAAAAAGAGUGGGAAGAAACAGUGGAUGUGGACAUGGGAAUACGGUGAAGUAAUAAGGUGGGAAUGGAAGAGAAAGAUUGACACAAUGAAAAAGACACAAUAUUGGGGUGUGCGGGAAGAAAAAGGCAUGAGAGAGAUGAAGAGAACACAGGAAUGGGGAGAGACACAACAGUGGAGAUUGAAUAGAUGGGUAGGGUUAUAAAGCAGGGUAGGGUUUGCACUUAUGGGUAUAAAGAUAACGUUUGGCAUGAGGAGUCAGUUGAGACUGGAACAAGUGGAAAGUGAAAGUAAGCUAUGCUGAGAAAGACAGAAACCUGGAAGCUGCAAAAGUAGAAGGUAGAGACCAAGCUUUAAAAGUUGUACUAAAAACUUUCUUAUGGCAUCCCUAAACAGCACAUUAAAAAAAUUUAGCCCUUAACUAGACCCAUUCAUGACACAUGACUAAAGGGCCUUCAGGCCGACACAGCCCAAUCCUUUGUUGAGGUUGAAAUGUUGCUCUGUUGCAUUUUAUAAUCCAUUAAAUCUGCUUUAUCUUUGAACCUUGUGAUUGCCAUGAGCCCCUUUUUUAAAUAUACCAUAUACACCCUAUGUUUUCUAGGAAUGGAGUGCGGUCCCUCCUCUCUUGAAUGGCAUAUGUCAUGACUGUCUUGAUAUAAGGGCAUUUACUAUCCCUUGUAAUAAAGGGGGAACCUAUGUAUGGUUUGAUAACUGCCUCUCAAAGAAAUCUAUCUAUCUAUCUAUCUAUCUAUCUAUCAUCCAACAGUAGCACUUAGAGGACUUCCAACAUGUUUUUUAAUGUGUCACAAUGCAGUAAAUGACACCCAAGUCAGCAACAACAUUUCAACCCUACUGGAUCUUUAUUAAGAUAAAGAUAAACCAACAAAAGUGUGUAUUUAUAAGAAAAUCUGUAAUUGAAUACACUAACCAACUGAAACAUUUAAAGUCUUCUACCAUUCUGUCUUGAAAGCUCGAAGUGACGUCUGCAAGGAAAACAUUCACGUGAUACAAUACACCUCAUUAUGCAAGCAAACAUACCCCAAGGUAUUGACAUAUCAACCAAUACAUAAAAGUGAUUUAAAACACCAAAGUCAUCAAUAUGUAUACAUGUAUUGACGAACUUGGCGUUUUGCCAUUUCUCUUUCAUACAUCUUUAUUUACUAUGGGUGGUGUUUGUUUGUUUUUUCCACCCAUGUCUUGAAUAUACUUGAUACAUUUCAUUCUGUAAUAAUCUAUUACUUGGUAUUUUACAGUUAUCACUAUUUCACAUUUAAGUAUUGGUUGCCAUAUCAACCAUUCAGGGUAUGAUUGUAUCAAGAAGUGUAUCCUAUCAUAUAACUGUUUUGUUUGAGGAUGUUGCUUCUGGGUUUCGGGACACGGCAGUAGCAGGUUUGGAUGCUUCUGUCAGUUGAUCCAGCACGUACAACUGUAUCACACCUAGGACUAAAAGGUAACGUCUUACGGGGCCUUAGAAUGGCCGGACUUAACGUACCAAAAAUUAGUCAGAAUACUUGCCGAGUUCGGGGACACAGAAUGAGACACAACAAUGAAGGAAAGCCAAAAGUCAGGGAUACCAGAAUACAGGGAAGUCAAACGAAGCCAAAGUCAAAUACCAGAAAUAAACACUCAGGAACACACUCUCGGAUAACCACUAAGGGAAAUCAUGACAGGGCAACGAGCUGAAGGAAUAGGUAAGCUUAAAUAACUCUCUUGUGGAUCCGAUUGGCUGUAACCGGUCUUUGACCCCAGAACAUGCGUGUGCGUCCUUUGUGUGACCCACGCGUACGUUAACGUCGUCAUUACCAUGGACGGACAUAGGGUUAUAAUUGGGAAUGGGUCUGCAGCGGCCAGCGGCCUUCAAUAUGCCUCAGGAGUCGGAUUUACUGGCACAGGGUUGCCGAGCCAUACCUCUAUUAAUGCCAGGAGGGUAUUCGUCACUGUGGGCACCACAAGGUGAGGCUGAACAUGUGACAGCUUCAACUGAUGAGCAUAUGCAAUUUGAUUUGCUAAUAUUCUUAUAAAUAUGCACAUCUGUGGCUUUAUUAUUGCCUUGAUAAUGAAAUGUUGAUGCUGACUUUGGGUGUCAUGUAUUGUAUUUUGACACAUUAAGACACGUUGGAAGUCCAACCAGGUUUGGAGUUUAUAUACAGUGUGUUUGAGCAUUGAGGCUAGAUUUAGUAAUUUUGAACGAGGAGAGUGCAAAAGAUCUAUGUAAUAUAUUUAUAUAUAUAUAGCUACUUUUUAACAAUUUAGAUUAACAGUAACGAUGACAAUGGAGUUCUACAAGGCAACUGGAGUGAAGAUUAUACAAGUGGAGUGUGUCCUUCGUCUUGGAAUGGAAGUACUGCAAUUUUAAGGCAAUGGUACAAGAGUGACUGUCAACCUGUGAAAUAUGGCCAGUGUUGGGUCUUUGCUGCUAUAAUGUGCACAGGUAAAUAGACCUCUUCUUACUGUACAUGCAUUCACAUUGCUUUGCUACAUCAAAUGUCAUUUACAAAAAUUGUUGUCAUUGACAUUAUAAAGUCUAAUUACAAAUCAUAAAAGAAUCGUUAAGUCAACUUGUGUUUACCACAUAUAUUGUAUAUAUAUCUUAACUUUAUAAGCUUGGAAUUUAUCUUACUGUAUUUGUAAGGCAAUGCAUCGCAAAGAAAGGUAGGGUUAUUCAAUAAAGGGCAUCUCGUCACAAAUUCUGAGUGAAUUUUAAAUAUUAGACUAAGAUAUACGUAGCUUAACUCAAAACAUACCUGCCAAGUCCCAGACUAUUUAAUAUUAAGUUUGGUUCUCCUUGGCUUCGGGCUGUCUGAACGGGAUUAUGAUGGCAUUUUUGCUAAAUCUUUGAAUAUAGGCCUCACUUUAAUAAGCUUUCCAAAUGUUUAAAUACUGUUACAAAAACUUUCCAAAUUAUUUAUCUACACAAAGUCUCAUAGACUUUAAUGGUGACUUCUUACAUAGUUACAUAGUUACAUAGCUGAAAAGAGACUUGCGUCCAUCAAGUUCAACCUUCCUCACAUUUGUUUUUUGCUGUUGAUCCAAAAGAAGGCAAAAAAAACCCAGUUUGAAGCACAAUUUUGCAACAAGCUAGGAAAAAAAAAUCGUUCUUGACCGAAGAAUGGCAGUCAGAUUUAUCCUUGGAUCAAGCAGUUAUUUCCCUACAUUGAAAGAUUAUAUCCUUGAAUAUUCUGUUUUUGCAAGUAUGCAUCUAGUAGCUGUUUGAACAUCUGUAUGGACUCUGAUAAAACCACUUCUUCAGGCAGAGAAUUCCACAUCCGGAUUGUUUUUACAGUAAAAAAACCUUUCCUUUGCCUUAGACUAAAUCUUCUUUUUUCCAGUCUAAACGCAUGGCCUCGUGUCCUAUGUAAAGUCCGGUUUGUGAAUAGAUUUCCACACAAUGGUUUGUAUUGGCCCCGAAUAUAUUUGUAUAAUGUUAUCAUAUCCCCUCUCAGGCAAAGUUUUCUAACACUAUUGAAUCAUUUGGAAAGCUUAUUAAAUCAAGGCCUACAUGUUUAAAAGUAAACGGAUCAUCUCAUGAAAAAUGCUUUACACAAAGUAAAGGGGAUUUUAAUGGUGCAAUUCCAGAGAAUUGACCACUCCUUUUUAAAAAUACUAUUAGAUAGAAAUAAUAUAUAAUUCAAAAUAAAGAAUAAGAACAUAAACAAUAAUUUAUAUCUGUGCUUUCUCUUUCUUUUGCUCAACAUCUGUCUCUGCAGUCAUGAGAGGCCUAGGAAUACCGACGCGGGUUAUAACAAAUUUUGAAUCUGCUCAUGACACAAACACCAACAUUCUGAUUGAUGAAUAUUAUGAUUCAACUGGAAAGAAACUCCCCAAGGAAAGCCAUGAUAGUAUUUGGUAAGAUUGUUGUGUGAAUUGAUAAAAACAUAUUGAUAAAUUAUUAUCAAGACACUGUAGCAUCACUCAACAUACAGAACAGGAAAUAAUCAAUUAAUUGAUACAUUUGAAUAUGUUUACUCCUUCUCUCAGCCUGUAGUUUGUUUUUUCAUCCAUCGAGCUACUUCCUUCAGGAAACAUUUUACGUUUGUUUUGUGUCCUACCUACCAUGGCCUACCAUGUCCUACCAUGGCCUACUAUGGCCUGUAUCCUCUGAAUGGCCCAGCAAAUCUACUGCAAAGCCAAAGGCAAGGAAGGACUGAGUAGCAAUUGUUCUAUGGCAGUGGUUCCCAACCCAACCCUCAAGUACCCCCUAACAGUCCAGUAUUUAGGGAUUCUCCAAAAAAAGAAAACACUUUAAACACAGCAGGAUAGGGGGUACUUGAGGACUGGGUUGAGAACCCCUGUUCUAUGGCAUUUAUGUGUGUCUUACCCAGAUAUAACUGUGGCCUGUGUCCUCCUUUGGGGCCAUAGCUGAUCUGUGAUGUGAAUAGAAAGGCCAACAUUUCCCUACAGUUAUCCAGAGUUGUUUUUCUUUAUUCCUUUGUAUGCUGGGCAGCAAGGGAAUGACACUUUCAUGGAACAAUUUGUGCUGCAAAUGCCUCAAUGAGGUGGUAGAGCCAAGACAAACAACCGGAUCAAUGCCAGAAGAUCUGAAACAAUGUAUUUCGCAGGAGAUUGUGAGGAUAUUUAUGGGCUGAUAAAUAUUACAAAUGAUAUUUUCAUAAAAAUUAUCAAAAAUUAGUUUAAUCAUUUUUAUUAUAUCAAAAAUUGAUAUCUUGGCACUGUUCCCCGAAUAAUGAUAUAAAGCGAUGUAAAUCGUUACCAACGAUUUUAAUUCUCUAGAUCCUAGAGGAAGUUUCACUAGAGGAUUUUUACUUCACACAACAAUCACAAAUUAAUUAUAAAAAUAUAAUUUAUUGUGACAAUAAUAAUAAAAUAAUAUAUGUAACAUGCGUGACAAUAAUCAGUGAAUAUUUAGAUAUAACAUAAGUUUACAACAUGGCAAUGGUUUCAGCAGGACACUACUUCACUUAGAAAUAACUUCAUAGAGAAGAAAGAACUUCACAGAACACACAGCAGUGCAGCAUAACGCAAUACAAACUUUGGCUGACAGUCAAAUCACACUGAAUUAACUCUUUCACUGCUAGCUACAAUCCUCAUACCAGAUCAUUCACCAUUCCUAGGACUAUCCAAUAAGAAAAAUUCUAACCAGAUUUUACAUUUGCAGAAUUUUAACUUUCCUAAUUAAGAUUCACUAUCUUAUUUCAGAACAAAUCAAUACCUCUGGAUACAAUUUUGUUAUGCUAACAUUUGGCAAAUUUACAGUUAAUAUAUCAUUAUCUUUAUUCCACCUUCAGGAAUGGAAUUUUUAUAACUAUAUAUUCCUUAGCUAAUUAUGAUUUCUAAUAAUUGAAAUCUGACCAAGAUUUAUCUAGUUAGAUAUUCCUGCUGUUAGCAAAAUUUAUUAAUUUAAUUUAAUUAAAUAAAGCCAGCAUAAUUACCAGUUAGGUUGUAGAUUUUCUAUCAGAUAUGUAGAUAUGUCCCAGGAAUUUCGAAUGCAAGUAUGAUAAGAAUUGUUGUAUUGAUCCUGAUGAAAGCCACGGACGUUGGCUGAAACGUCGAUCGUAUUUUAAAGGAAUGAAAUAAAGGAACCUAUUAAAAGAAAAAAAGACUGUGAGUGCAAGCCUUUUUCAACACAUAUAUUAAUAUUAAUUAAAUGGCUGAAGUGCACGCGGCAUUUUUUCAAUUUAAAGUGUGUGUGCAAGGACACAGAGAGACAUUAAUUAUAUAUAUAUACAUAUAUAUACAUACAUAUUUGUCUCUGGGUUGUAGCAUUCAACACCUCCCCUGCUGUAGACAUCAUGCCUUAUCUCUUGUCUUGUUUACAUAAGUCGCAUUCCUUAGCUCAGACUUGAAUGAAUAGAGUGAAAGAGAGAGACCUCUUGUGUCUGUCUUAGCUUUGUAAUACAAAAUGGAGUCACCUCUGUUCUGAAGGUGACUGGCAGUAUACACUUUUCAUUUCUAUCUUAACACAAAAUGUCUGCCGCUAAAAAUUUACUGACAAGAUUACAGGGGUCCAUUCUCUUAAGUAACUUAUGGCAGUCCCCUUUCCCUAGGAAUUAGCUAAAUUUGACACUUUGCACAACACAAGCAAAAGUCUUUCACAUCACAUCAUACUUCCUGCUGUGACGGUGAUAGUCCAAGAAUCAGAUCAUCUGUAUGUACAGGAGCAGGUGUUACCCAUCUUAAGGUCUGAAAUUUGAACUGAGAGUACAUUUCUUGGCAUGGCAAAAUCCCUAUAUAGUAAGAUGUGUAAUACUAUUAUUAUAAUAUAUUACAUAUAUUAUGUAUAGCAGUAAUUACAUAUUUAAAAGAUAUUAAUGAAGGAACACAAAUACACAUAUAUCUUCAGGAUAUGGUUUACAGUGAAGACUAUACAAAGUGUGUGGUGAUAUAAAACAGGAUGAUUUCAUAAUUCGGACUAGAACUUAAGAGGUUAAAAGCAUGUAAGAGAAAGAAUUAGGCUGAACUUGCAGUUUCCUGAUGUAACACUCUGGGGAUAGAUGAUAAGUUACUAACCAAUCAAAAUGAUUGACUGCUUGCCAUCUAUCAACUCACAUAAUAUAUAAAAGGUACAUAUUUAGUGACUUUUCUGGAAUAAAAUGAGAAGACUUAAUAUGCAUCCUACAAGUGCUGUCUGUGUAAAUAAUUUCUUUCUACCAGUUAAUUGUGUUUCUGGUUUCCUUAACCUUUAAGUGUGUUGGCCAACAGUGAAUCGUGUGGGACCACCUUUGCUCUGAGAGCCCCUUUCAAAUACUGAGCACAGCACCCCUUCAAAGAAUUCAUGGAGAGAAUGGAUUCAAACCUAGUCAACUCAUAAUUAUAUUUCGGAGAAGGUUUCCAUCAAAUUUAGCAUUGGCACCAUUAUCUAGGGCCAUAGAUUUUUUGGGGUAUUCAGACCAGAAGAGGCUAUCUCUUCGGGAGUUAGAACAUAAGGAUCUAGCUCAUGCAACUAAUUUUAUAUCAGAAGUCUUCUUGGUAUAUCACCAUGAUAAUGUUGAAUGGGAUGGCUAUGAUGGAGGCAUUUGUCUAAAGGUGUUGUGGUCAUCUUCAUUGAUGCCAGGGGUAGGUUACAGAGGUUAUAAGAGCUUAACCCUAAUUAUACAAAUAGACAAAGAAUACAACUAAUGAGGUCAGAUGGCUCUUUGUAGACCUGUGGCUGUUUGUGGCAAUCCUACAGGUGGAUUGUUUUAAGUGUGUAGUGCUUCUAAUACUAUAUCCAGUUCACUUGAAUUUGAGACUUUGUUGUUUUUUAUAUAUUCCCCUCCUUUUUAAUUGAUACUGAUUAUCACUUUUCACUUAUUAUUGCACCUAUUUUGUAUGUCAAUUUACAAUAACGUUUAUUACCUAUAAGAUGAUUGUUUAAUUUGGAGGUAGUUACGGUGGGGUACAGCACUUCCCUUUCUCUAGGGAGCCGUCUGACCUCAUUAGUUGUAUUCUUUUUUUAAUAUAAAGAUACAUGUAGAUUAAAAUUUCAUAUAUAUAUUUUGAAUGUGGCAUAGCACAACCUAACGUCGGGAAGGAUUAAUGUGUUCACCUUUUAUUGAAAAAAAAAUAAAUAAGGGGUGCACACUGUAAUGAAAUGGGCUGCGUACAAUGAUAUGGUGAACAUUGAUUUGCGUUGUAAGUAUGAUUUAAAAACACAAACAUUUUCCUCUGCUUUCAGGAACUUUCAUGUGUGGUGUGAGUGUUGGAUGGCCAGGAGGGAUUUGCCAUCAGGAUUUGGAGGUUGGCAGGUGCUAGACCCAACUCCACAAGAAACAAGUGAUGGUAGGAAUGGGAAACUUUUGGGCCUGUAUCAGUAAUUAUUGCAUUACUUGAUGACUAAUGUUUAAAAUAUGGAAUUUCCCACUAGGAAAAUAUUGCUGUGGCCCAGCAUCUGUCAAGGCCAUCAAAGAAGGAGAGGUCAACCUUAGCUACGAUGGUCCUUUUGUGUUUGCAAUGGUAAAUGCAGAUUGUGUGUCCUGGUUAGUCUAUGGCAAAAGAAGAGAAAAGUAUUUUUGUGACCCACAUUUGGUUGGAAAUCGCAUAAGCACGAAACGCGCUGGUAGUGAUGACCGUGAAGAUGUUACUCAUCACUACAAAUAUCAGGAAGGUAAAUAUAACUCAAUGGUAAUUUACAAUUAAUGCUUUUUAUAGGCAAAUGCAAUAGUGAUAAAUUCAUGAAAUUGCAACUCUGAUAAUUCACACUAAACAUAAAUGAAGGUAAACUUACACAAAGACAGGAGAGACUGCCCCAGUGAAUAAAAACAUUACAUGAAUAAAUACAAAUACCUUUCAUCUACAGAGAAAUAAGAACAAACAAAACAAAAAUAAAACCACAAACAAUACAAAAUAGCAAACACUGAAAAUAGAUAGCUGAUCCUAUGCAGAUACUCUGCAUGUCCAACUGAGGAUAGUGGUGGUUCACUCUUCACUAUAAAAAUCUUUUGUGAUCUGUAAUAGAAGGCACACAGCAAUAAAGAGAUAGUAUGGUAAAGUAUAUUGCAAUAUCAGUAUCAGCAAGAAAAAUAAUAAAAUGUAAUGGCCAGUUACAUUAAAUAAUGCUACUAUUAGCGCAAGGAUAGCAGCGUUAAAGGGACGCUAUAGUCACCAAAACAACUUUAGUUUUAGUAAGCAUGUUUUAGUGUAUAAAUCAUGCCCCUGCAGUCUCACUGCUCAAUUCUCUGCCAUUUGGAUAUGCAGACUAUCUGCUUAGGAGCAGCUAUCUAUUUUCAGUGGUUGAUAUUUUGUAUACCGUAUAUACUCGUGUAUAAGUCGAUCUCAUGUAUAAGUCGAGUGCAGUUUUGUGACCAACAAUUGUGAAAUAUGCUAUGCCUCGUGGAUAAGUGGAGGGUAAAACUUGGGGCUAUGAAAUUCUGUGAUUUUUUAUAAUUAUAUACAUACACACUCAUACAAACAUACACACUACAUUAUAUACACACACUCAUACAAACACACAAUCUGCAUUAUAUACACACGCACUCAUACAAACACACACUCUGCAUUAUACACACACACACACACACUCUGCAAUAUACACACGCAUUCAUACACACACUCUGCAUUAUACACAGACAUUCAUACACACACUCUGCAUUAUACACACACACUCAUACAAACAAUCUGCAUUAUACACACACACUCAUACAAAAACACACUCUGCAUUAUAUACACACACACUCAUACAAACACACACUCUGCAUUAUAUACACACACACUCAUACAAACACACACUCUGCAUUAUAUACACACACACUUAUACAAACACACACUCAAACAAACAAUCUGCAUUAUACACACUCAUACAAACACACACUCUGCAUUAUAUACGCACACACUCAUACAAACACACACUCUGCAUUAUAUAAUGCAGAGUGUGUUUGUUUGUGUGAAUGCAGAGUGUGUGUGUGUAUAUAAUGCAGAGCCUGUGUUUGUAUGAGUGUGUGUGUAUAAUGUAGAGUGUGUGUUUGUAUGAGUGUGUAUAUAAUGCAGUGUGUGUGUAUAUAAUGCAGAGUGUGUGUUUGUAUGAGAGUGUUUGUGUGUGAACUGGGUGGGGGUGGGCAUUUUUAUUAUUUGUAAUUUUUUUAUUAUUUACUUUUUUAAUUUUAAUAUUAAAUUUUUUUUAUUGUAAUUAUUUUUUUAUUAUUUAAUUUUAUUUUCAUCCCCCCUCCCUGCUUGUUAGCUGGCCAGGGAGGGGGGCUCUCAUUCCCUGGUGGUCCAGUGGAUGGGCUGUGUAGGAGGGGGGCUGGCAGAGAGCUGUUACUUACCUUUCCUGCAGCUCCCUUCUCCUCUGGUCCGAUCAGCUCCACUGUAAGUCUCGCGAGAGCCACGGGGUCAGAGCGUUGCCACGGGUUACCGUGGCAAUGCUCUGCGCGGCAGUCACACCGCGAGACUUACAGUGGAGGAGAAGGGAGUUGACCGGAGCGCAGGAGAAGGGAGCUGACAGGAGCUGCAGGAAAGGUAAGUAACAGCUCUCUGCCAGCCCCCAACAGGACUGCCAGGCUUAUAAUGAGCCUGGUGGUCCUGGUCUGUAUUAUGGCAAUGUAAGUUGCCAUAAUACAGACACUGACUCAAGUAUAAGUCGAGUGGGGGGUUUUCAACACAAAUAAUGUGCUGAAAAACUAGACUUAUACUUGAGUAUAUAUGGUAGUUCAUGUAGUCCUAGGCUCAGACUAGACUAGAACUUGUGACUUGCACAGCCUUCCUAAACACUUCCUGUAUAGAGUCAUCUAAUAUUUAUAUUUCUUUUAUUGCAAUUUUUGUUUAAUUUGGAAUUUCUUAUCUCCUGUUCUGUUUAUAGCUUACUAGACCCUACAGGAACCUCCUGUAUGUAAUUAAAGUCAAAUUUACAGAGCAGGGGAUAAAGUUUAAAGUAAGUUACAUUUCAAAGUGAAACAAUUUUUUUCAUGCAAGCCGUGUCAGUCACAGCUAGGGGAGGUGUGCCGAGGGCUGUAUGAACAGAAACAAGAGUGAUUUUACUCCUAAAUGUGGCAUUAUCUAUACGCUGUAACUUCUUACACUGUAUGUAAACCAUAAGGAUAUCAGAAGAGUACUAUUUACAGUAUCCAGAGCCUAACAUAGCUCAGAAUCUCAAGUGAGGGUGGUAUCUUCCCCACCUGGGAUAUAGGGAGAAGCAGAGUUCAAAGGUACCAGCCAAUGAUAAUCAGGAGGCAGCCUGGAGUGGUACUGACAUUUAAAGGGACACUAUAGUCACCAGAACAACUACAGCUUAAUGCAGUUGUUCUGGUGAGUAUGGUCAGUCCCUUCAGGCUUUUUGCAAACACUGCCUUUUCAGAGAUUGAUUUACUGCAUCUCUAUGAGGAGAUGCUGACUGGUAGGGCAACGUUUGGAUCAGCCCAGGACCCACCUGCUUGGCUGAGAUUAUCAGAAUUGACAAUCUCAGCCAAUGCAAUGCUUUCCUAUGGGGGGAAAUGGGGACCAGAUAGUGUUUUUAACACUAUAGGGUCAGGAAUAUGUGUUUGUGUUCCCGACCCUAUAGAGUUCAUUUAAAUAUAGUGAAGUGCAAAAAUGGAAAAAAAAUAUUUAGAUCAAAAUCCUAGUGACAAAUCAUUUUACUAUACAUAUAUAAUAUAUAUGUUAAAAAUAUGAACAUUGGUGUCUAUGUUUUAUACUGAAAUUGUGAAUGAUCUGUAUUUUAUUGAAUUAAGGGAGCAUUGAAGAAAGAAAAGUGUUCCAAAAAGCCACCCACAGACUACAAAAUAAGCAUACAAUGUCAGCAUCCAAUGGCAGCAUGUAUUCUUCUGGAACUAAUGGCAUCACCGCUAAUGGCAGUUCAUCAGAGAAUGGGAGACCUUCAGAAAACGAAAGUGUUGGUCUCGAUGCAUCUCGAAAUCCACCACUGAAUGAAGCAAAAUUAUUUCUUGCGUUUAAAUUAACAGAGUCUCCCCAGCUUGGACAAACCAUCAAUCUAGCUUUACUGGCUGUAAACUUGGUUAGAGUUGCUAAGACAUUGAAGUUAAGCCUCACUGCCCAGUCUGUGAAACACAAUGGUAAAGAAGCGCAUCAGUUUUGGAAAGAAUCCAUGUACAUAGACCUUGGACCAGGAGAAGGUAAAACAUACACUAAUUUUCUCAUAAUUAAAAGCAAUACCAGUUAACAUUAGUAAUUGCAAGAUAGUUUUAAUGUUUAAUGGACCACAGGAAAUUAAUUUCAUUGUGUGGGGGGGAGAGGGGGAGGGGAUUUCCUUUUUGACAUUAGGGGGCCUCACAAAUUUACUAAAAAACUUAACAGUAGUGGCACAAUAGACGUCUUGUCACAGCCACCCUCUUCCUCCAAGACUAGCAAUGAUCUUGUGGCCAGUCCAAAGAGAAACCAAUGCAGUAGCUAUUUGUUUCCUCUUAUUCAUACUAUCUUUUUUUUCAUGCACACAUGCUCUCUCCCAUACAUACUGUGACGGACUGGUUCGGUCACUAGGAUAACUGGCACGGAACUCUAAGCCAACUCCUCCCCAAAAGAGUUAAAAUCUAUUUGCUCAUCUUCCCCUCCUAUGCCUCAUCCCACAGGACAUACAGCCCUUGCAAAAUAUUAGUGAAAAUGAUUGGGACAAACUAAAAUGUUUUUAAAAAAUGGGCUAAUAUGUUUGCUGAAAGAUAUAUAUAUUAUAAAUAUUAUGCAUACAUUUUUCAGUACACCUAUACAUUUUUACACCAUUUCACUCAUAGACAGAAGUGAGAAAAAGUAUAAUAGAGGAAAAAAGAGGAGAAGCAAUAAAAAAGAUAAAUCUAUAGUUCUAUAACUAUACAUAAAUAUAGAUUUACUCACUUUUCCACCCUUUUCCCCUCUACUGGUCACUUGAUAUGUCAAUAAAAUAAACAUUUGGUGGCUGUCCUUUUUUUGGAACUCCGAAUCACAAAUCAAACAAACAUGCUCGUCCAUUGCCUGAGUAGUUUGUUUGCUUAUACGUCCAUAUGGUGCAUCGGACUUACAAAAUUCUGACAACCCGUCGAUUGGCCUAAAUUUGGACGAAUUGCAAAUUUGUCCAAAAAGGAAUGCACAAGUCUAUUAUAAACCAUGUCAUUUCAGCUCAGUAGCUAUGUAACAUCUUAUUUACAUAUUUAUUUCUAGAAAAAUGGAUGUUAUUACAAAUUCCAUAUACAAAGUAUGGUCCAUACCUCGAUGAUAACUACCUGGUCAGAGUUACUGCUACUGGGGAGCAGAAUAUAACCUGGGAGAAACUGCUGGUGCAAAAAGACAUUAACCUGGCUCUACCAAACAUCCUCAUCAAUGUAAGGAGAUAAACAAUUUUUUGGUGGAAAUAUUGCCUUUUUUCAUUGGGUUAGCCAAUAUGUAGUCCUUUGAUUCUUUUUGCUGUUGUUGUAUUGCCGAACUUAAAGAGUGUCUGAAGAUUAAAGGCACUUACCUGACCCUCUGUUUUCCAGCUGUGAUCUAGAGAGGUAGAUAUUACCCACCUCUGGUUCAUCUGCACUCCUACCAUGGUUUUUGCUGAUUUACCCUUCUUGAGGAAGCUUCCCCAAACUUCCUACAUUAAGCCGACACACAAGCUUAGUUGACAGCAUGGUGGCAUCUGAACAUCUGAUGCCAAUCUCUCCAUUUCUGUACUCCUCAAGGAGAUACCGUAUGCACUGUGGUUACUAUGGGUGGAGAGCAGAAGGACCUCCUGUGAGAGAUCCCUUCUUCUCUCACUGUCAGUCAAUUCGUUGGCAAAGAGUCUAUGCGAAACAAUUGAUUGUUUCAGCAAAAUGUAUAAAUGGAAUUCCAUACUCUUUAAAAAGAGCAUGAGUAGUUUGGGGAAUUGGGUUGGGUUACUUUUAAAGACAAACUACCCAUUCAUGUCUCCAAGGCCGGCUCAAGACAUUGUGCUGCAUGGAUCCAAGUAUGACGUGCUGUCCCCACCCCCCCAAAAAAACAAACAAACAAACGUAUAUGCUUCUGCAAUGGUAGUGUCUCUAUGUGGGUGUGCUGGGGAUGAAGUGUGCGCCUGUGUGUUUACUGGGAAUGUAGUGUGUCUGUGUGGGUGCUGGGGAUAUAGUGUGUGUUUGUGUGUGCUGGGGAUGUAGUAUGUCUCUGUGUGUGUGCUGGGGAUGUAGUAUGUGUCUGUGUGUGUGCUGAGGAUGUAGUAUGUGUCUAUGUGUGUACUGGGGAUGUAGUAUAUGUCUGUGUGUGCUGGGGAUGUAGUGGUGUGUCUGUGUGUACAAAAAGACAAGAGUGGAGUGUCUUGUAUAAAUGAUACUGGGAAAUAUAAGUAUUUAUGAUACGUUAAAACUUGGCUUUUACUAAUAACUACUAUUACUAAAAUCUAUAGCCAAACUAAACCUAUGUACAAGGAUCAAAAGGGAGAACAAUCACCACGGACUUAGUGUCUAUGGAGGAGUAAUGAGCCAAGUUAGACUAGAGGCUGAUAAACUCAGUAUCAUGCCGAUCAAAUUACCUCUAUAGUAGAGAUCAUUUGAAAAAAAAGUUUGAAGUUUUGAAGAAAAAAAAGUUUUGAAGUUCCUGAAUUUGCUGCAAAUCACCAAAGCUAGCAGCUUAUAUUGUGAACUAUGCAGUCAACAGGAAGUAGCUUGUGCAACAUCAUGCUCCUAUUAUUUUAAAAGUGAUAUGCAUAUAUCCAAUAAAUCCUGGUCCAGCAAGGGAUUAAGGGAAAGGCGAUGAUAUUGCACAUGUGCAAUUAGAUGCCACCUGCUUAGAGAUAGAAGAUUCCUUUGCCACAACUUACAACUGAUGAAACAGGACAAGACAAGCAGAGGUUCGUUAUAGCACCAACAUUUUUCCUUGUUUAGACUUUUAUAUCUUUAAUAUCUUUCACAUACAAAAGACACAUUAUUACCCUUUACCUUAUCUUGUGUAUAUCUUUAAAAUACUUUGUAAAGUCAGUGAAAAUCUAACACACAAUAUAGGCAGUUAAGUGACAGUAUCGUUUUAAAAAUCACUUAGCAUAUUAGCAUUUAUUUGUCUUCGUGUGUGACUUGGGCAAUUUCAUUAUAUUUUUCUCAAUGUCUUUCAUCAAGCCUUUAUAUUAUUAUAUUUUAUAGGACCACUCUAGGCACCCAGACCACUUCAGCUUAAUGAAGUGGUCUGGGUGCCAGGUCCAGCUAGGGUUAACCAUUUUUUUUUAUAAACAUAGCAGUUUCAGUGAAACUUCUAUGUUUAUAAAUGGGUUAAGCCUUCCUCCAAAUCCUCUAGUGGCUGUCUCAUUGACAGCCGCUAGAGGCGCUUGCGUGAUUCUCACUGUGAAAAUCACAGUGAGAGCACGCAAGCGUCCAUAGGAAAGCAUUGUAAAUGCUUUCCUAUGCGACCGGCUGAAUGCGCGCGCAGCUCUUGCCGCGCGUGCUCAUUCAGCCGAUUGGGCGGAGAGGAGGAGGAUCGGAAGAGGAGAGCUCCCCGCCCAGCGCUAGAAAAAGGUAUGUUUUUACCCCUUUCCACUUUCCAGAGCCGGGCGGGAGGGGGUCCCUGAGUGUGGGGGCACCCUCAGGGCACUAUAGUGCCAGGAAAACUAGUAUGUUUUCCUGGCACUAUAGUGGUCCUUUAAUAAUAAUUUGAGAUUGUUUCAUAGAUUUGGAGUAGUAGAUCUAGUCAACUGUUGGUCCACUCAAUUCUAAACAACUUACUCAUCGAGGACUAAUAGGACUGGUGGUGAUCAAUAGUCAGAGCUCAGAUUAUAUACAAUUUUAAAGGUCAAUAAAUUAGCUGUGCAACCAGUACGGAGAAAAUUAAUACACAUUGCACAGGUCCGCUAUGUGUAUGAAUCUAAUGGCUUGUCGAAAAUAUUGGUUUAACUCAAAGGUUCUUUUUGUGCUUUUCCAAACACAGUUUCUCGGCUCACCAGUAGUGAACAAACCAUGUAGGGUGAAGCUCACUUUUUCCAACCCUCUUAAUGAAGAAAUACAAGACUGUCUUAUGGUUAUUGAGGGAAGUGGACUACUAAAAAGUCAGAUGAAAUUACAGUAAGUGAAUUUACAAAACGUUGGGCAAAAUAGAAGCAUCAUUUGACACAAUGAACAUAACAAGCAUUAGCAACCUCUGGCCUUCGAUCGACUAUGUAUUGUGUCUUUGAGGGUGUUCAGCUACAGAGUAGUAUGAAUAGUUUAAGAACAUUAACUCCCAUUAUUUAAUAGUCUCAGUCCUCAGUCUUAGAAGGAAUGUCACAUGUAAAAACAGCUAUUUGAAAUGUUGCAUUGCUGUAGAAAUACUUAUCUGCGAUGUAUAUCAGUUGACUAAAGCACCGUCUAUGGUACCUGUUCUAACAAAAUCUCACGGUAUAACUUCGACUAGGUGGAAUCAGCCUUUCAUCUUUUGAUGAUGGAUACAAUUUGGUUGGGUAAUCACAAACACUUUUUUUUUUAGCUCUCAAUAUAGUAAAGUCGCUGAUAGGUCAGUGUGGGGCUACUAAUUGUGGCAAAUGGGGAUCCCAGGUAUCAAAUGAUACCUCGGAUUCUUCACCAGCAGGGAAACAGAACCUGCAAGUUAUAGUUUGCAUGAUGGAAUUAUUCAGUCAUUGGUAAGUAAGGGGCUAAGACCACAGUGUAAUCAUAUGAGAUAAACUUUUUAAACACAACUGAAAUGUUACUACAUUGGAACUGGCAACUUAACGGCUAUUGACAAAUAGUAUAAAGAAAUAUUUAUUGAUAAGUUAUGAGUUCAAAUUUUGUUAAAGCGGUACACUUUUAUGAUGCAUAAGUCAGAAACAUAGGUAACCGUAAGCUGUUGCCACAGGUUUAAUGGAGUUAAAGGGAGUCCUUUUCAGAGAUUGUAUUAUUAUUUAUAGUCUAUCCCACAGAGACACACUGCCAUGUUUUAACAGGUAAUGUGGAAUAAGCUGAUGAUGGAAGCAAGCCUCAAGCUAUAUAUAAAAAUUGUGGAAAGAUGGGGCUUAGCAUAUUAUUAUGGCAAUGUUAGAAUUUAUUAACAGAGCUAUUUACUAAAGUAAGAAUUUAAAGUAAAUUUCAAAUGUAAGGCCAAAGUAUCCGAACUGGAAUCAUAGCUGACUUUGCCAAUUUUUGAAUUUUGACUAUUUUGACAUAAAAUUUGGAAUUAACUCAAUUUCCAACGAUUCUCACUUAAAAUGUGGGGUGGCUGAUAAGACAAUUCUCACUUCAAAUGAAUCAAUGGAGGCUGAUAUGGGGGGGAAUUAAAGAUUUCCUUGUUUUGCCAUUUUCAACACCCCUAAUUUUCUUUAUGUAAAACAUAAAAGAAGACACAUUUGGGGAAUAAACAAUAAUAUGUUAGAUGAAACAUAAAGUUAUCUUUGCUAAACACUGAAACUACAACAUUUAGUACUGAACAGCAAAGCUGUGACUGUAAUUAAUAUUUAUUUUAUUUUUUCUCCAAAAUAACAGUUUUGGAAUGCAUUUUUCCAUUCAGUUUUUAAUUCACUACAAAUUGCUGUUUAAUGCAUGAACUCAUAAAAAGACAAUAACAUAAAAAAUAAAUAAAAAUAAAUAAAUAAACACAACUGUAGAAGAUAAGUCCUCACUCCCAUCACUAGUGGGCAGCAGCAACGACCACAGUACACAUCAGCCCCAAUAUAUAGUAAAAACCAAAGAAAAACAAGUUACCUGCGCUCUCUCCUUAAUCCAUAUGUAUUUUUAAACAUGACAUUAGCAGGUGGGCUUAUCCUCUCAUGGCCAUUGAAGGUAACUAAAACACCUCCAUUUGUUUAAAAAUACAUAGGGAUUAAGGAGAGAGCGCAGGUAAAAAUAAAUAAAUGACAGAGAUGUUUUUAAAGGUGCUUUAAAUAUGCUCUUCAUUUGCAUUAUUGUUGUAUUUCCCAGUGUUUAAUUAUACAUUUAAUCUGUUUUAUUAUGAAAUUAUUUCAAUUUAAAGUUAUUAAGGGCUUAUUCAUCUAACAUAAUGCAGAAAUGUGAACAACAAAUGUGUUUAAAUUCUACUUUUGAAUAUCUAACUUAUAACUUGAAAAACAAGUUUUAUUUAACCAAUCAUUGUUAGAUUUAUUUAACUUAUCAUUGUUAACAGGAGUAGUCCCAGAAGAUUGGAAGUUAGCGAAUGUUGUGCCCAUUCACAAGAAAGGUAGUAGGGAGUCAGGCAACUAUAAGCCAGUAAGCCUUACUUCAGUAGUGGGGAAAGUGAUGGAAACCAUGUUAAAGGAUAGGAUUGAUGAACAUCUAAAAUCACAUGGAUUUCAAGAUCAGAGACAACAUGGGUUUACUUCAGGGAGAUCAUGCCAAACUAAUCUUAUUGAUUUUUUUGAUUGGGUAACUAAAAUUAUAGAUCAGGCUGGUGCAGUAGACAUUGCUUACCUAGAUUUCAGUAAGAAUUUUGACACUGUUGCACUCAGAAGACUUAUCAAUAAAUUGCAAUCUUUAAGUUUGGAUUCCAAUAUUGUUGAAUGGGUAAGGCAGUGACUGAGUGACAGGCAACAGAGGGUUGUAGUCAAUGGAGUAUAUUCGAAGCUUGGGCUUGUCACCAGUGGGGUACCUCAGGGAUCUGUAUUUGGACCCAUUCUCUUUAAUAUUUUAUUAGUGAUAUUACUGAAGGUCUUGAUGGUAAGGUAUGUCUUUUUGCUGAUGAUACAAAAAUAUGUAACAGGGUUGAUGUUCCAGGAGGGAUAAGCCAAAUGGCAAAUGAUUUAGGUAAACUAGAAAAAUGGUCAGAGUUGUGGCAGUUGCAGUGCAAGAUAAUGCAUCUUGGAUGUAAAAACCCAAGGGUAAAGUACAGAAUAUUUGAUAGAGUCCUAACCUCAACAUCUGAAGAAAGGGAUUUAGGGGUAAUUAUUUCAGAUGACUUAAAGGUAGGCAGACAAUGUAAUAGAGCAGCAGGAAAUGCUAGCAGAAUGCUUGGUUGUAUAGGGAGAGGUAUUAGCAGUAGAAAGAGGGAAGUGGUCAUGCCAUUGUACAUAACACUGGUGAGACCUUACGCAGUACUGGAGACCGUAUCUCCAGAAAGAUAUUGAUACUUUAGAGAGAGUUCAGAUAAGGGCUACUAAACUGGUUCAUGGAUUGCAGGAUAAAACUUACCAGGAAAGGUUAAAGGAACUUAACAUGUAUAGCUUGGAGGAAAGACGAGACAGGGGGGAUAUGAUAGAAACAUUUAAAUACAUAAAGGGAAUCAACACAAUAAAAGAGGAGACUAUAUUUAAAAGAAGAAAAACUAGCACAACAACAGGACAUAGUCUUAAAUUAGAGGGGCAAAAGUUUAAAAAUAAUAUCAGGAAGUAUUACUUUACUGAGAGGGUAGUGGAUGCAUGGAAUAGCCUUCCACCGGAAGUGGUAGAGGUUAACACAGUUAAGGAGUUUAAGCAUGUGUGGGAUAGGCAUAAGGCUAUCAUAACUAUAAGACAAGGCCAGGGACUAAUGAAAGUAUUUAGAAAAUCGGGCAGACUAGAUGGGCCGAAUGGUUCUUAUCUGCCGUCACAUUCUAUGUUUCUAUGUUUCUAUAAUGCAAAAGCAAAAUAAAGUUAUUAAGGGUCUUGCAUCUUUUUUUUUGUCUUCAUUUUAGGUUGGGGGCCAUGAAACCGAGAGAAAAGUCAGUUCUGGAGUUUCAAGUCAUUCCCUUCAAAGUGGGUUUCAAACAACUCCAAGUGAAUUUCAGCAGCAAUAAAUUCAGGGUCAUUAAAGGAUACAAAACUGUGUCGGUCAAACCUUGAGAUUUACUUUGCUGGUUGGACAGGUGAAGGGGACAAAGCUACACAUGAAAAGGGGAAAGCUACGUUAGGUUUGUUGGAGAGCACUCACCUGUUCUAAAGGUGGGGAAUGUAAAGCCUUGUUGAGUCAGAAUAAUCUGGGAUUUAUCUAUCUGUACAGUUUUUUCUGCCAUAAAAAUAGAAGGAAAAUUGAGGCCUUUCAGUACAUUGAUAUGAGUUGUUACAAAUGUAGGUUUCUAAUUACAGUAUACUAGUUUUUUUUCCUGUUACUGACCUGAAAUAGAUACCACUUUGUGCAUCAAUUGUUUUGUAAUUUUUAAAUAAAGUACAAAUUUUGAAAAAAAA